CUGAAGGCGGCAUAAUUGACCUGCAUCAACAGAGAAGUUCAGGUCAGUUCACUUCACGAACUUCCGCGUCUGUGUGCUGCUGAAAACACACCCUAACUGCAGAAUUCCCUCUGACCAUCGUCAUGACGUCCACGUCAAUCACCACCGUCGGAGGAAUGGUGGUCGUCACUCAAGUCAUUCCCAAGGAUGAGAACUCCAUCCCCCUUCAGACUCCUGCCGAUGCACCGCUGAAGGCCCCGCCCCCUGCCGUGAAGACCCCGCCUCCUGCCAAGAAGAACCCCGCCAAGGUGGACGACAUGACCACCGCCUUUCUGCGGGGGGAGCCACUGAGCCUCGGGAUUGUUCAGAUCUGCAUCGGCCUGGUGUGCGUUGCGUUCAGUGUGUUCGCCAUCUUCUCUCCGGUCAUGAUGGUCUCCGCUCCGUUCUGCUUCGCCGCCGCUUUUGUGGUUUCCGGCUCUCUGGCGGUGGCGGCGAGGAGAGGGACCUCAAUCCAGCUGGUCUGGGCGUCCCUGAUGUCCCAUGUGCUCAGCGUGCUGCUCGGCCUGAUGGGUGCAGCGUAUCUCUGCUGGCUGAUGGCCGUCAAAAAAGUCAACAACAUGAUCUGUGACCCAAACGACUUCUGGAGGUUUAGCGACCCCGAUGAUAUAAGGACGAGGUGUCUGAAUAAAGUGUGGUUUGUAGAUAGGACGUUGUAUGGACUCUUCGGCCUCCUCCUGGUUCUGGUCGUCCUGCAGGUUUGUGUCGCCAUCACCGUUUGUGUUUUCAGCGGCAAAGCCAUCAGACUCCACCAACACUACGCCCCGAUCAAGGUGCAGGCGGAUGAUUGCGGCGCCCUGUUGGACAGCGACGGCGAGGACAUCCGUCACCCUGCAUCACCCUGAGAGGGGAGGACAAAACCUCUGAAUACCGCUUAAAACAUUACAUUUAAUCACUAGAGAGUACAACCAUACUUCGACUCUGUCUGUCAUUAUUUUCUGUAAUGGUCUUUCCCUGCUCUUAUCCAAAUGGUUUUGCUGUUGUGGGGUAAAUCUGUGAUUGUGCUUUCAUAUGAAUCAGAUGAUAAAGACUCGAUGUAGAAAUAAAACGCUGGUACGACUUAAAGUAGUGUCAUCAAAGAAGGAGAAUCAACCUUUAAAGGACAAUUCUUACUCAGAUAAAGUUAAAAAAAAGAUGGAGGCAAAGCUUAUGAUCUCUUGUUCGCAACUUAAAAUGCCUCUGACUGAUCCACAUAACUUUAUUCCAUCGUGACAGUGGGAGAGUUAUGUAGAGUGCACCUUUAUUAUGUUUAAUUGAAAGCUGCAUUGCCCAGAUGAACACUAACGGUAAAGAAUGACUUGCUGAAUGCUUUUCACACUUUAUUUGCAUUGUUUGUUUGCAAAGCAACAAUAAAAUUCCACGUAUUUUGACUGUA